AGAGUCACGAAAAUUUCUCGGGAACUUUUUACAUGGGGACCUGUACAUAAUUUACCUUUUACCAUUACCUGCUCCAAUCUGGCUUUUGGCCAUUGGCUUCACCUAGAAUAUUUUAAUCAUAUAAAAGUCACUUUUAUAAUAAUAAAUAUUUUUAUGUAGCUCAAGAAGAUAGAUGCGAUCAAGUUGUCAACGUUUUUGAAUUUCGUGAGAAUGAUGGGAGCAUUGGAGGAGUUGGAUCUUUGAAACCUCAUGAGAAUUGUAUUUACGAGAGGUUUUUUAAAGAUUUAGUCAUAACACCGGAAACAGUUGUCGCUUUUGAGAGGAUGACAGAGUUUCUAAAGAUAAGAAUUUCAGCUGAAACGCCUGCUACGUUACCAAUCAAUUUAACACCAACUUUUCCAGCUACUUCAUCAGCCAUUGAUUCAGCUACUUUGCCAGCCGAUUCAAAGGAUUCAGAUCCUCUAAUUCAACUCCGAAAAGGGAUACCAGUUUAUAUUAAAUCAUCGAAGUUAAUAUUAAUUAACAGGUUUAAAAAUAAACCCAAAAUUUUAGCUCGAUUGCUAUUAUUUGAAUUGAUAAAGAAAGAGCAAUUAAAAACAAUGUGUGCGUUAGGGCACAGCAAAUCGAAUACAGCGGUUCCUGAAGACAUUAGAAUUGCUAUUCUCUCUUACGUACAGAGGAAGAAAACGGUUCCAGAUGAAUUCACAAAUGAAGAUUUGAUAAAAGUCAUUAAUAAUACAUGCGGCACAUUAAGACACCCUAAGAAAGAAGGAGAUAAAAUCAAAAAGAAUAUAAAAAAAGAAACAAACAAAAAGCAAAGGACUGAGGACAAGAGCAAUGAAAAUAUGACAAGUGAAAAUGUCAAGAAUGGUGUAGAAGAUAAAAGCGGUGGAAAAAAAAAAUAUGCGAAUAACAGAAAAAUAAUAUCAGAUAGUAGUGAAGGAGAAGAAAAUAACGACAUUAAUAAUGAGAAAGAGAACAACGAAGCAAGGAAAGAAUACGAAAGUCACAGAAAAAUUAUAAGAGAUAAUACUGAUGAAGAAGAAAGUGACAGUAACAAUGAAGGAGAGAAUAGCGAUUCAGAAGACAAUGAAAGAGCAGAUGAUGAGAGUGGUGAAGAAGCUGAAGAAGAAGAUUGAGCAUGGAUAAAAUAUUAAUUCCAAAAGUUUUUUUAAUAAAAUUAUAAUCUUAUAUUACUCUCUAAAACUGAAUCAGUAAAAUUUGACUGAUUUCAAUAGAGUUACUGAUUCAGUGACUCUAUUCUCGCGAUUUAAAUCAGUGAAUUUUCACUGAAAAUCAGUUAAAAAUGAUUGAAAUAUCAGUGAAAUAUGACUGAUAUUUCAGUCAUUUUUAACUGAUUUUCAGGGAAAUUUCACUGAUUGAAAUCGCGAGAAAAGAGUCACUGAUUCUCAGUCAAAUUUCACUGAUCUUCAGUGGAAUUUUACUGAUUCAGGUUUAGAGAGUAACUUCCACUUAUUUUUUCAAAGUCAAUUGCAAAGUUUGAAAUUAAAUUAAAAUUUUGUUAUCAAUUUUAUACUUAAUGGUAUCAAUUUUAGACAUUCCAAUAAACUGAAUUUCACUUAUAAAUUUAAAAUGCAAAAAAUUAUUCACUUAUGUUACA